GAGAGAGGCAGGCGCUUCAGAAAAACUAAGAAAAGCACCGCUUCGCCUCGCACUCCUGCGCGGGCCCAGCCUGCAGCCGCUUCACCCGGCAGAGCUCUCCUACCCCGGCCCUCGGGUGCCUUGGCCGGCGACCGGACCUAUCCUCUCCAUGGCGGCAGCUGGACCCACACGCUCCAGGAUCGGAGCCCUCUGUCGGCAGCUCCUGCUGACCCUCUCCAUCUUAUCAUUUGCCUGUGACGCCUGCAAACAGGUGAUACUACAUGUUCCUUCAAAAUUAGAUGCUGAAAAAUUUGUUGGCAGAGUUAACCUGGAGGAGUGCUUUAAAUCUGCAAAUAUCAUUCACUCAAGUGAUCCUGAUUUCCAAAUUUUAGAAGAUGGUUCAGUCUAUACAACCAAUGCUGUUCUCCUGUCCUCAGAAACAAGGAGUUUUACCAUAUUACUUUUUAACACGGACAGCCAAGAGGAGAAGGAAAUAUCUGUCCUUUUAGAGAAAGAAACACAGGUACAAAAGAGAAGACAUUCUAAAGAAAAAGUUCUAAGACGUGGCAAGAGAAGAUGGGCUCCUAUUCCUUGUUCCAUGAUGGAGAAUUCCUUGGGUCCUUUCCCACUUUUUCUUCAACAGGUCCAAUCUGACGUAGCCCAAAACUACACCAUAUACUAUUCCAUUAAAGGGCCUGGAGUUGACCAAGAACCUCUAAAUUUAUUUUAUGUGGAGAGGGAUACUGGAAACCUGUAUUGUACUCAACGGGUAGAUCGUGAGCAAUAUGAAUCUUUUGAGCUAACUGCCUUUGCAACAACUCCAGAUGGUUAUACACCAGAAUAUCCAUUGCCUCUGAUAAUCAAAGUAGAGGAUGAAAAUGAUAAUGCCCCGAUUUUUACAGAAACAACAUACACUUUUAUGAUUCUUGAAAGCUGCAAAGUUGGUUCCAUCGUGGGACAGGUGUCUGCAACUGACAAAGAUGAGCCCGACACGAUGCACACACGUCUGAGGUACUCCAUCCUGGAGCAGCUCCCGUCCUCACCCACACUCUUCUCUAUGCAUCCAUCUACAGGGGUGAUCACCACAUUGUCAUCUCAGCUUGACAGAGAGUUAAUUGAUAAAUACCAGUUGAAAAUAAAAGUACAAGACAUGGAUGGUCAAUAUUUUGGCUUGCACACAACUGCAACUUGUAUCAUUAAUAUUGGAGAUGUGAAUGACAACUUGCCAACAUUUACCCGUACUUCUUAUGUGGCAUCAGUGGAAGAAAAUACAAUUGAUGUGGAAAUCUUGCGUGUUACAGUUGAGGAUAAGGAUUUAAUUAAUACUCCUAAUUGGAGAGCUAAUUAUACCAUUUUAAAGGGCAAUGAAAAUGGAAAUUUUAGAAUUGCAACGGAUCCCAAAACCAAUGAAGGAGUUCUGUGUGUAGUUAAGCCACUGAAUUAUGAAGAAACACAACAGGUGACCCUACAAAUUGGAGUAGUUAAUGAAGCUCCRUAUUCUAGAGAGACUAGCUCAAGAUCCGCCAUGAGUACAGCAACGGUUACUGUUAAUGUGAAAAAUCAGGACGAGGGCCCUGAGUGCAACCCUCCAGUCCAGACUGUUCGAAUCAAAGAAAAUGCACCAGCAGGGACAAGAAGCAGUGGAUACAAAGCAUAUGACCCAGAUACAAAAAGUAGCACUGGAAUAAGGUAUAGGAAAAUAAGUGAUCCAAAAGGGUGGGUCACCAUUAAUGAAGAUUCAGGAAUAAUCACAGUUUUCCGAAGCCUUGACAGAGAGGCAGAGGCCAUCCCAAGUGGUGUAUAUAACGUUACCGUCCUUGCGUCAGAUCAAAAUGGGAGAACUUGUACAGGGACACUGGGGAUUAUACUUGAAGAUGUGAAUGAUAAUGGCCCCUACAUACCUAAGCAGACAGUAGUAAUCUGCAAACCUACUAUGUCCUCAGCGGAGAUUGUUGCUGUUGAUCCUGAUGAACCCAUAAAUGGCCCACCAUUUGAUUUUAGUUUUAGGAGUUCCGAUUCAGAAGUACGGAGAAUGUGGAGACUGAUGAAAAUUAAUGAUACAGCGGCAAGUCUUUCUUAUCAGAACGAUCCUCCAUUUGGGUCCUAUGUAGUACCAAUUCAGGUUACAGAUAGACUUGGCUUCUCUGCAGUCACUUCACUGAAUGUUGUUAUAUGUAACUGCAUUACCGAAAAUGACUGCACCUUUCGCGCAAGUGGAAGGACUGGCAACGGCGAAGUAAAACUUGGAACGUGGGCCAUCCUGGCAAUAUUGUUGGGCAUAGCAUUGCUAUUUUGUAUACUAUUUACAUUAGUCUGUGGGACUUCUGUGAUAAACAAACAACCAAAAGAACUGCCUGAUGAUUUAGCCCAGCAGAACCUCAUUGUGUCGAACACCGAAGCUCCUGGAGAUGACAAAGUGUAUGCCACAAAUGGCUUCACAACUCAAGCUGUGGGUGCUUCUGGUCAGGGAAUCUGUGGCACCGUGGGAUCCGGAGUCAAAAACGGAGGGCAGGAGACCAUCGAAAUGGUGAAAGGACACCAGACCCUGGACUCCUGCCGGGGGGUUGGGCAUCAUCACACGCUGGAUUCCUGCAGGGGAGGACAAGUGGAGGUGGACAACUGCAGAUACACUUACUCCGAGUGGCACAGUUUCACUCAGCCCCGACUUGGAGAAAAAGUGCAUCAGUGUAAUCAGGAUGACAGUCACAAGCACGCUCAAGACUAUGUCCUUACGUAUAACUAUGAAGGAAAAGGAUCRUCAGCUGGUUCUGUGGGCUGUUGCAGUGAACGACAAGAUGAAGAUGGGCUUGAAUUUUUGGAUCAUUUGGAGCCYAAAUUUAGGACACUGGCAGAAGCAUGCAUAAAGAGAUGAACAUGGUCUCAUUAAGUCAACCAAAGCCAGUGGCUUWUCAUCUUUUAAUUUGUGUUCCUCUUCCUUUUAGUUACAAACAAGGAUUUUUCAAAACAGAAGAUGUUAUGUUUGGAACUUUUCUCUGUUUAUUUUGCACAAUCUCUUUGGCCAAAUGCAUAUUUACGGGAAACCAAAUAAGUACACAAUUGUUUGGACUUCCAUGUAGUUUUUGAUUACAUGCUCCCAAGUACAUUUAUUUACAAACAGGAAACUURCAUUAUUGUUUACAUUUGGGUAUAAUGACAACAGCCAAUUCAUAAUGCAAUWAAAUUUAAUUCAUUCAAAUCUGUAUUUAAAGACCACUUGAAAUAUAACCUAAUAGAAGAAUGUAGAGAAUAUUAUCUCUGGUUAAUUAAUUACUUAGUUAUUUGUGUGGUGCUUGGAAACUGUUGUUUUUCUAAACAUUCUAAAGUGUAUAUACUUUACCUUGCUUUAUUUUGUAGCAUGACCUUUCUUCGUAAUGGGCAGGGAGAUUUCUAACUAGAUAUUGAUUGUUAUUACAAUUCCAUUUUGAUGGAGCUCACUUUUAGAUUUUAUUCCAUGUAGAAUCUUAUACUGAGUCUAUAAUUUCCCUGUUACCGACUCUGUUAGUGAAAUUUGUUUCAAAAGUGCUUUCAGAAUGUUUUUGCUCUUGCAGAUUUUUUGUCUUUGAAAUGCCCAGUGGUGUCUGUCU